AUGGCAAGUGAAAGUCAAGAUGUGGAUAAAGAGUUUGAAGAUUGGAAAAAAGAACAUGGUAAUAAUGAUUAAAUAAGAUCCAUUAAAUUGUUGGAAGCAUCAAGAUUACCAGUGUGCUGGAGUUUUUCUUUUGAUACAUUUACAUUUACGUCAUUUAGCAGACGCUCUUAUCCAGAGCGACUUACAGUUAGUGAAUAAUUUUAUUUUUUUAUAUACUGGCCUCCCGUGGGAAUCGAACCCACAACCCUGGCGUUGCAAACGCCAUGCUCUAUCAACUGAGCUACAUCCCUGCCGGCCAUUCCCUCCCCUACCCUGGACGCCGCUGGGCCAAUUGUGCGCCGCCCAUGAGUCUCCCGGUCGCGGCCGGCUGCGACAGAGCCUGGAUUCAAACCAGGAUCUCUAGUGGCACAGUUAGCACUGCGAUGCAGUGCCUUAGACCACUGCGCCACUCAGGAGGUUUUCUUUUGAUAGAUUUUUUAUUUUGAUAGUUUUUCUUUUGAUAGAGUUUUUCUUUUGAUAGAGUUUUUCUUUUGAUAGAGUUUUUCUUUUGAUUGAGUUUUUCUUUUUCUGUGCACCUGGUAGAACGUGAUUACGUUCUAUAAUAAUGAUAUAGGUCAAAUACAUUUUUUGAUGUAUUUUAUUUCAGUGGCAUACACAAUUUGGUUACCCAGGCCAUAUGGGCUUAUAAGACUCUAUUAGUCAAUUGCUUGUGCAACAAAAUUCUAAACAAAAUUUGAUUUUGUAGAUGCAUAAUUGUCGCAUUAGUACCACACAGUCGCAUUAUCAUGAUAAGGUUAAUUCUCACAGACAAUACAUUUUUCCUUCUCCCCAGGCUUUGAAAAUAAAUUGGGCAAAAAUUUAUCAAAAUACACCCUGUCUGAAAAACAAUCCUAGCCUGUGUUCGUCAUGUAGACAGAACACUUCAACACAACACGAAGAAUACAGUGAUGAGACUGAAAAUCUUGUACACUGCACAGUUUAACAAAGUAGUUCUAAUUCUCAUUUACAGAGUGUGUGUAUUUACAGGGAAGAAGUACAAAUCCAAGGAGGAGGAAGCCAAGCGCAAGAAGAUCUGGCUAGGGAGUAGGACCUUGGUCAUAGAACACAACAAGAAAUAUGACAGGGGAGAGUCAACCUUCCAAUGUGGCAUGAACCACAUGUCUGACUUGGUAUGUAACCAUUUAUACCAAAUAAUCUUGUUCUUGUUCUUGUUCUUGUUCUUGUUCUUGUUCUUGUUCUUGUUCUUCUUCUUCUUCUUCUUCUUCUUCUUCUUCUUCUUCUUCUUCUUCUUCUUCUUCUUCUUCUUCUUCUUCUUCUUCUUCUUCUUCUUCUUCUUCUUCUUCUUCUUCUUCUUCUUCUUCUUCUUCUUCUUCUUCUUCUUCUUCUUCUUCUUCUUCAUAACUCACUGA